UGUGAAAGAAAGAGGAAAAGACACAGGAUAAGCAGCACGUCUCACGUCAGAGAAAAGUAUCUCACUCACUCACUCACUCCCUCACCCUGACGCCUGUUGGCCAAUUAGCCUGUCAGCUGACAGCAUCUUAUAAGGCUGUCUACGUCUAUCUUGAGCCUGCUUCAUCCACCUUUGGUUUGUCAGGCCUGCUGUGGCUUCGCCAGACAAGCACCCAUUCACACUUAAAUCCAUCCAGAUCCAAACAUGGGAUCAUCAUUAUCCAAACCUGAAUUUGUCACAGUUCUGGGUAAUAAGCAAGUAAAAUGUGGAGAAACCAUGAGUCUUUGCUGUGAGGCAAACACAGAAUAUGUAACGGCAACAUGGACAAAAAAUGGCCAGAAACUGUGUUGUGUUCAAGACAAGCACUUUAUUAAAAACAAUUCAACAAUGUUUUCCUUGAAAAUUGUCAAAGUUGAAGAGGCUGAUCAUGGGGAAUACACCAUAAACCUGAAAAAUAAAAAGGGUGAGAUUUCAUGCUCUGCCCAUGUCACAGUUGAACUCAAGAAGUGGAGGUAUGUGGAUUUCAAUCAAGAGAGAUUGUUGAACAAUCUCAAGGCAUUUCGAAUAGUCUCAGAAGUCCCAGAACUCCACUUCCUGCUCUAUGGAUUAGUUGGAGCAGGAAAGUCCAGCACCAUAAACACCAUCAGAACCAUUUUUAAAGGACGUCAAUUGAUUGAGUGUCUGGCUGCUGCACUGUCUGGCGAGAGUCAGACUAAAAAUUUUUACAGAUUUGAAGUUCCAAAAGAAAAAGGAUCUUUUCCUUUUGCCUUCUAUGACAUAAUGGGCCUGCAAGCAAAUGGCGGUGUGCACACGGAUGAUAUCAUCAGUGCUGUAAAAGGUCACAUGAAAGCUGGUUACGAGUGUAACGUCAGAGACCCGUUAUCUGAUGACAGCACAUAUUACCUCAAAAAUCCUACCCUAAGUGAUCGGAUGCACUGUCUGCUGUGCAUUGUAGCAGCAGACACAAUUGGAUUAAUUGGAAAUGAUGUCCUUCACAAAUUUCAGACUGUCAGCAAAGCAGCACGCAACAUAGGAGUCCCUCAAGUAGUUUUGAUGACAAAAGUAAACAAUGCCUGUGUAAUGACAAAGGAUAAUUUGCACAACAUCUACAAAAGCAAGAAGAUCAAGGCUAAAGAGAAGUCAUCAGUUCUAGAGAUAAUUCAACUCAGCAGCCAAACAAAUACAAACCUCCCUUCAGUGCUCCUUCAGAAGCCCUUUCAACCAACUUCAUGGAUGCACAUUGCCAAGGCAAUGACACUAACAAAAAAGAUUGUUUUUGUUCAAAAAAAAAAAAAACAGCUGAACAAAAAAGAAAUUUCUCUUUCACAUAGCUGAAGGAAAACAAAUAAACAUCAUCAAACAAAUGGCAUGCAAGCACACAAACAUAUCAAUAGCAUUUCUGGUAUUGUGCACAAUAUCACAAAACCUGAUAAUAUUAUAAAGUUUUACUGUCUUUGCUAUUUACACCUCAUUUCUCAAUGUCAAAUGGCAAUGACCUGAUACAUUUAAGAACUUUCAACAUGGUAUGUGAUGUUAUAGUUGGAAUCUAAAUGUUCUACUGGUGGAGCCAAUGUUCUGGUUUAGUUAAAAUAAUGUUUAAAUUGUGUUUGCAUGUAUAAUAGGUAUAGACUUUCAAUGAUAUGAAUAGUUGGUUUAACUGUCUGUUUUAUGCUGAUGUGAUUAAUUUAUAACACCAAAACAUGUUAUGUUAACUAUAUUUAAUAGUUAUUCCACAAAAUCGAGUCAUAUGCACCUUGUCAGCUACAGUAUAAGCCAUGUACAAUGAGAUUGAGUGGAAUAACUGUUUUAUUAUAUCCACAUUCACUGGAUUUUCAGAAACAGCAUUUUUAUGUUUAUUUUUUGCAAAAUUGAUAAAUAAAAACUUUAUACAAAA